GUCCCAUGAGAUCCGAUGACCUCUUCUGGUAAUGCAGGUGUACAUACAGACAAAACACUAAUAUACAUAAAAGAAAUAUUUAAAAAAACUGGUUACAUAGGAGACCCUGUACUGCACCCCACCUUACCCCCAAAAAGUGAGAAAAUAUCCAUGUAUGCUCUGUGCUUUGCUCUAGGCCAGAAGCUACCCUGGCGUUGGAUGGACUGUCAGGAGCACCUAGCCAUUUGCUACAAGAGAGAUCUCAUCCCAGCCAGCUUUGUCACUAUGUACAAUGGCUGUAAAUGAACUUGCCACAUAUUUAAUCUACAGGAAGCAAGAACUGAGAAAACAGCUCCAAGGAUGGAUGGGUGGAUGGAUGGAAAACUCUCUUGUGGUUAAAUACUUAUCUAACACCCAUAAUCUAGAUCUGGCAAGCUACUUUUUUGAGAUGAAAGCAAAAUCCUGUGAGCCAACACAGUAGUGGGGGGAGGGGGGUUGUGGCGCAUGGCACCUGUUUUACAGAAUAUCUACAAUGGCUUUGAAACUGGUCCUAAGUGUGGCUUGUGGGGUUAAUGAUUAGCUGGAUGCUUGUCUGACUUCCUUUCCACAGGACUGUGAGCAGGCUCACCCGCAGAAGAAUUCACAGAAGGCGGCAUGUCCCCUUUGCUCCUUGUGGCUGAGCUGGUGGUUCUGAGCCUAGUGACUUCUGCUAAGAGCCAGGAGACAGAUCCCCUACAUGGCUCCAAGGACCAGCCACUCUUCCGUGGAGCUGAUCGAAAUGACUUUGCCAUCGUGGUCCAUCCGGGAGCCACAGAAUGUUUCUGGCAAUUUGCUGACCAGAUGGGUUACCUCUACUUCAGCUAUGAGGUUCAGCGCAUUCUCGGAAUGUCACAUGACCGACACAUUGUUGCCACGGCACAUACCCCACAGGGUUUCCUUAUUGACACUUCCCAGGAUGUACGGGGCCAGAUUAACUUUGCUACACAAGAGACAGGCUUCUAUCAGCUUUGUCUAAAAAAUGAGCAGAAUCGCUUCAGUUCUAUACAAGUCUAUCUCAACUUUGGAGUCUUCUAUGAGGGGCCUGAGAUGGAUCAUAAGCAGAGUCAAAGAAAACAGCUGAAUGAUACUCUGGAUGCAAUUGAGGACAGCACACAAAGGGUACAGAACCAUGUUUUCCAUAUGUGGCGCUUCUACAACUCUGCCCGGAUGAGGAAGGUGGCUGACUUUUUCCUCCUGCAGUCUAAUUACACCUACGUGAACUGGUGGUCCACAGCUCAGAGCCUUGCUAUCGUUCUUUCUGGAGUCCUCCAGCUGUAUUUCUUGAAACGUCUUUUCACCGCCUCAACUACUGACACAAAGAAGCCAAGAUGCUAACAUGUAGCAUAUUUGUCAAAGCUUUGAUCAAAUUGGCUUUGGGAAUUAUUGGGGAAAAGAGUCAAUUUAAAUCCCCUUUCUCUUGUGUCCCUCAAUAAAGGCAAAUGGCAGCAAUAAUAA